CAGGCCCCGCCUUCCUGCGGAGCGGAGCGGAAUGGAGAAGCGAGGUCGAGGCGCGAAGCCAUCCACCAGCCCGGUCCCUCCUGCGCAGCCGUCGCCGGGCCCCCGGAGGGAUCGGAGGCCGAGCAUGUUCGAGAAGGAGGCAUAUGCCCAGAUCUUAAGAGAAAGACUAAGAGACUCUUUUCAUGAUGUUCAGUAUGUGGAACCGCCGUUCGAUGACUCUAUCGCUGAUAUAGGUAAAGAAUGGAAGAGUGCCCUGGCAAAGUUAAAGUUUGCUAAUUCAUAUAGAAUGGAGCCACUGAAGAAGUUCCAAGCUCAUUCAGUAGAAACCAAAGUCCAGCAAAUAUUGAUGGAACAUCUUAAAGAUGUCAAAUAUGAUGAUAAACUCUUCUCUCAUUUGUCACUUGAAUUGUCAGACCGAAUACUAUCAGCAGUCAAAGAAUUUGGGUAUCACCGUUAUAAGUUCAUUAUAAAAGUAUUAUUCAUUCAAAAGACUGGUCAAGCAAUAAACAUUGCAAGCAGAUGGAUCUGGGAUGUUGCUUGGGACAGCUGGGUAGAAGCGAAACACGAGACGGAGUCUUAUGUGGCAUUGGCCUUGGUAUUUGCUCUUUAUUGUGAAUAGCUCCUUACAUGUACAAAAAACAGUAUUCUCCUCCAACUUUUCAAAAAUAAAUGUGUACAUUUUUGAUCCUCAUA